AUGUUGAGAAGUGCUGCCAGAAUUGGGUCCAGAAGGACUACUCAGCUCAUUCCAUCGGUCAAAAAAACUGCCGUUAACACAAUUACCAAAAGAUUCCUUUCCGAGGAACCCAAAGAGGUCUUCACAAAGAUCAAUGAUGCAAAGGAUCCUCAAAGAAGCCAAUUCUUCCAAUACAGUUGGGGCUCUUGGUUGAAAAACGACAAGGUCGAGAGGGCCAGAAGAGAAACCAGAUUCUCCAUUGAGGGAGCCACUGACCUCGUAAAGAAGUUGGAGCUCACUGAUGGAGAAUUGUCCAUCCCCAAGGUUCUGCCUACUGGAGCCACCCUUUUACCCCACAACAUCACCAAGGAGAUCUUGGGCGAAGGCGACAUUGAAGUUAAGUCAAUUGCCAGUAUUCACGAGGGCAGACACCACAGAGUGUACAAGUUGUCCCUCAAGAACGACAAGUCUCUUGUAUUGAGAAUUCCAUACAAGCUUGAGUCUGAUUUUGCCAUCGAGAACAAGAUUAAGAGUGAGGUGGCUACCAUGGACUUUUUGGCCGAGAAAUUAGGCUUGAGCGUUCCAAAAGUGUUGGCCUACGGUGCUACCAGAAGCAACUCAUUGCUGUCUCCUUUCAUCUUGAUGGAGCACAUCGAGGGUGAUCUCUUGAUGAAGCAAUGGGACCCAUUGUCCAAGGAUACCGAGGACAAUGCUCACUUGAAGGCGGUCAUUGACCCAAUUGCCGACUUCCAGGCCAAGCUUUUGGAGACUCCUUUCAACAAGAUCGGAUCUCUCUACUUCUUUGAUGAUGUCAAGCCAGAACACCAGGACACUGAGCCAUACGAUGGUGAGACUGAGAUCAAAUUCAAGAACAGAUGGAGAAUUGGUCCUUUGGUUGAGGGUGUCUACUCCAAGAACAAGAAGCACUUGGCCGCUCAGAAGAUCACCGAAUUGACCGGUCCUUUCGAGAAGGAUCAGCCACUUGAGGUGGUGAAGUCAGUUGCCAACAUUCAAUUGGAGAGUUUGAAGGCAAGACUUGGUUUGGCCCAAGCCGACGCGGGAAGCAAGGUGGAGAACAUCGAGGACUUGAAGAAGCAAAUACACACUUUCGAAAACUUGAAGACCAUCAGUGAUAAGUUGAUCAACCCAACAUCUCCAGCCAUCAUGAACUGUGCAGAAUUGUUUGCUCCAAGACUCUAUGCUCCAGACUUGGACCCAUUGAACAUUAUCACGGAAAAGGACACCGGUAAGUUGUACUUCCUUGAUUUCGAAAACACUUCUAUCAAGCCAUUUAUCUUUUCCAGCUACCCUUCAUUUGUGGCUUACCAGGGUGCUAAGAUCUUCAACUUGGAAGAAGACGUGCCCAAGUACAAUGAGAUGGACGAGGUUGAGAAGCUGCAAUACGAAUUCAUGUAUCACAAGACCAGAAACGAAAGAAUCUGGGAGCAUGCCUUGAACGACAGAAGACAUGACUUGAUCGCUGUUGCUUCUCCACAUCUCAAGCUUUUGAAGGCUCCAUAUUUGCACGCCUUGGACUGCAAGAACGACAAAGACUACUUGUUUGUUGAGAAUGCUAUAAUUCAAUUGAGAGCUAUGUGGGACACCUAUGUUGCUAACCAGUUAUCUAAUACUAAGGAGAGUGAGUUCCCUGUUGAUUACAGUACCGAAUACUUGGACAAACAUGCCACUGAUUUGGAGAACUACCAAGUUGACGUUGUCUCCACACCUUUCGCCGCAACUGGUGGAUGGGUGCCUCAAGACAUGUUUGAUGCUUUGAAGAGGGAGGGUAUCAUCGUUCAGGACGAGAACGGCGAUUAUUCUGUCCAAACUGAGGCAGCAUUGAAGGACGAGCCCAAGCCUGAGUAA